CUUGAUCCAAAGCUCUGGGACGAAGAGGAGAAGGAUCCGUCCCCAAAAGGAAUGGAUGAAGACAAUGCAGCUGCUGAUAACAAAACUGAUGCAUUAGCUGCGAAGGAGGACGACACAGUAACGGCAGACGAGAAGUUGUUGCCACCGGAGGACGAGCUCGAAAGUGAACAAGAAGCCUCAAACACUGAGGAUGUGGAUAACGAUUCGACGGAUGAUGAGCAAGGGAAAGAAAAUGAGGAAUGCGAAGGAGAGGAGGAUAACCAUGAAAAUGACAAUGAAAAUGUGAGCUGCAGCCUGCCAUUCAUUAUUGCACAUGACUCCAUUUGGUUUAUUACUUUAUGCCUAAUUCACGUAGACUUUAACACUACUACGAUUCUGUUGUAA